CAUGAGGCCUGAGAGUUCAGAUUGUUUAAUCUGUUAUAAUCAGACACAAAUAUCAUGCCCGGAGGGAACCUAUUUUUCAUCAGGGAUCUGCCUUGAGUGUCCCGCAGGGCAGUUCUGUCCUGGCAAUGUGUCUGCACCCAGAAAAUGCCCCACUGGCAUGUUUAACCCUUAUACUGGGAAAAGCAGUAUCCAGGAUUGCCAGCCCUGUGUCCCAGGUUUGGUGAGCGCAGAAGACCGUGUGGAAUGCAAGCUUUGUCCUGCUGGUUUCUCCUGUGACAGUGCAUCAGGCAACCUUACAGCAUGUCUCUCAGGACAGUAUUCUCCAGAGGGGCUCACCCAGUGCCUGCCAUGCCCCUUUGGCUUUGUUUGCAUAGAGGGCUUUCAAAUGAAGUGUGGCCCUGGAGAAGAGUCAAACUUCAACCAGACUGAGUGUGUUGACUGUGCUGAAGGCUACUACUCCACUCUGUGCAGUGCUCAAUGUCACCUGUGUCCCGCAGGAAGCCACUGUCCGUACAAAAAGAUGUCCGCACCUCUUCCUUGUCCCGUGGGCCAUUAUUCAUACAUGCCGGGCCAGACUGAGUGUAAAAAAUGCAAUGGUUCCUCAGCCUACAGGAGUACAGUGACUCCGGUCUGGUCAAGGGGACAGUCUCAUCUCGGUCAGAGGUCAAGACAGCUUAUCUCCUGUCCUCCUGGGACACACAGAGACGGAGAAAGAUCAGACUGUGUUGUGUGUCCUGCAGGACAUUACUGUGUUGCAAAUAUUGCGAUACAGUGUCCGGCAGGAACUUAUGGACCAAAGGAGGGGCUACAGAGAGAGAAGGACUGUGCAAUCUGUCCUGCAGGAUUUUAUUGUUUGGAGGGCACCUCUCGGAGGCCGAGCUCUCAGUUUCUGUGCCCACAAGGGUAUUACUGUGAAGAGGGCACGGGUGUGCCGCACGGGUCACCUUGCCCUGCUGGAACCGCAGGAGGACAACUGGGUCAGACAAGUAGGGCAGCUUGCAAGAGGUGUGCAGAGGGUCGCUACUGUCCCACAGGUUCUGCAGGUCCAGGUUUGCUUUGUGCCCGUGGGAGGUACUGCCCAGCAGGUACACUCAGUGAGAUCUUAUGCCCACAAGGGACCUUCACCCCUCAUCAGGGGGCGCUGAGUGUAAAGGACUGUUUAAAGUGUCCACCGGGCUUCUAUUGUCCAGAAGGAACAAGUGACCCUUUGCCUUGUCAGCCAGGCACCUUUAACCCUCUGGAGGGGCAGGAUGAUCUGGCAGACUGCAGGCCUUGCUACCCGGGCAAAUCAUGCACACAAGUUGCACUGAAGUUUCCUGAUGUGGAUUGUAUGCCAGGGUUUGUGUGUCCACCAGGUUCUAGCCGACCAAACGACCCAUCCAGUGCUUGCCCUCCCGGUACCCUUAGUAACCGUACAGACCUCACUGACCUCUCCCAGUGCCAGCGGUGCCCUGCACGUUAUGCCUGUCUUAGAGGCACGGGUGGUGUCCAGAGGCCUCCACUUUUUUGCUUUCCUGGGCAUUACUGUCCUGCAGGCACUAUGUUCCCCACUCAGCACAAGUGUCCCGCUGGUACCUGGAAUGAUCAAAGUGGACUGGAGUCGGAGCGCGAGUGCCGGCCAUGCCCAAAAGGCUGGUAUUGUUUAGCAGGAGUGGGCGGUCCAUCUGGAAAAUGCAACUCUGGGCACUACUGCCCUGAAGGUACAUUAUAUGGCUCACAGCACCCAUGCCCUCGAGGCACCUACAGCACAAAGAUCGGUAAUGGUGGAAAAGAGGACUGUCUGGUCUGUCCAGAAGGCUAUUACUGUAAGGAGGGUACAUCCAAACCCACUUCCUGUCCACCGGCAACAUUUCGUCAGAUAAAAGGGGGACGGAGAGCAGAAGAUUGUUCUGUGUGUCCUGCCGGCUACUUCUGUCCUCAUCCGGCCACAGUCAGUCCAAAAGUUUGUGGAACAGGGAGUUAUUCUGAUGAGGGAUCAGAGGAGUGUCUGCCAUGUUUACCAGGUCACUACUGCAGCGAUGAGACCACCAGUGAGGAAGCCAUGCUCAGAGUAAUGGUCUGCCCUCCGGGUUUCCUCUGCUCACAAGGCAUGGAUCGAGAACCCCAGCGCUCAGCGGUAUUCUGCCCAAUCGGCUUUUACUGUCCCGGUGGAAGUGUUGAUCCUAAUCCUGUUCCGUGCCCCAAAGGGACAUACAGUCGACAGCCAGGUCUACGUGACCCUUCAGACUGCACAAAGUGUCCGGAGGGAAAAUACUGCUACACAGAGAAUUCCCAGGAAGAUCCCAUUAUUGAACCAACAGGAAACUGUCCUGAUGGAUACUUCUGUCCUCUUGGUACCGGACAUCCAAACUCGUUUCCAUGUCAGACGGGCUUCUUCAGGAAUGACUCGUAUGGCCAUAGAGGAGAAGCUUGUGUGGAAUGUCCUCCUGGUCACUACUGUCCUACUCUGGCCACACACUAUCCUACAGUCUGUCCACAGGGUUUUUACUGUACUGACGGGAGCUCAGUCCCAGAGCCAUGCGAAGAGGGCACGUAUGGAUCCCGGCCAGGCUUGAGUAAAGCAUCACAGUGCACCACAUGUAGUGGUGGGAAAUACUGUACAGGACUGGGCAAAUCUGAGCCCACGGGGGACUGUGAAGGAGGAUUCUAUUGUAGACCGGGAUCUAGAAGUCCUAUUCCUCCUGAUGGUCAAAAGGGGGGUGUGUGUCCUGCUGGAAGUUUCUGCCCACCGAGCUCAGUUCACCCACAGCCGUGCCCUUCAGGAACAUACAGUAAAAGCACUGGUCUCCAACAUGCAGAGCAGUGCGUCCGCUGUCCUCCUGGUUAUUAUUGUUUAGGAACAAACUCUACAUCCCCUUCUGGUCCGUGUUCUGCGGGGUAUUAUUGCAGUGGAGGUUCAGCCACGCCAGUCCAACAUGAAGCUGAGGAGGGACACUACUCUUUGGAAGGAGCUGUGAGGGCUGAACCGUGCCCAAUGGGAACUUUCCAACCAGGAAGAGGCUACAACUCUUGCAUUGAGUGCCAAUCUGGAAGACUUUGCAACAGGACAGGCCUAUCCCAGCAGCCCCUGUGCCCACCUGGACACUUCUGCCCUGCUGGCUCCUUAAUUGCUCACCUAUGCCCUCCUGGUACAUACACUGCAAGUUCAGGAGCGGAGGAUCUGCAGCACUGCGGCCCAUGUGAUGCUGGUCAGUACUGCCACUCUCCUGGACUAACUGCUCCUCAAGGACCAUGUGAGCCUGGUUUUUACUGCACUGGUGGAUCCCACAUUGCCACUCCGAUUAGCUCCAGGUAUGGUGACAUAUGCCCCAUGGGUUAUUACUGUCCAGCAGGCACCAGACACCCUCAUGAGUACCCCUGUCCUCCUGGAACCUGGAGUAAUGCAUUGGGGUCCCAGACUGUGUCUUCCUGCUGGCUUUGCCCUUCUGGAUUCUUCUGCAACAGCUCUGGCCUCAUUCAGCCCACCGGAAUAUGUGCUCCAGGUACAAAAUCAUAA